AUGGGUAUACUUUGGCUAACUAAUAUAGAUAAGAACAGAAAAAUUAUAACACGGGACUCACUGAUCUCUGAGCAUCCCAAAAAUAUUGAUGCUAUUGCAUGCACACUCCUUGGAGACAAUGUGCUGCAAGAGCCUGCCCUGAAUUCAAUUCUUAGGAUCACUUUGCGGACAUCAAGUACCCAAGAAUACUUUGCAGUUGAUUAUGUUUUCAAGUGCUUUUGUGAGAAAAAUUCUGAUGGGCAAACAAUGUUGGCAUCCACUUUAAUUCCUCAACCACAGUCCAUGAUCCAUGCACCACUUGAGGAGGAUGUGAACAUGUCAUUCGGAAGCAUGCUCUUACGUAGUCUUACUUUGAGCGAAAACAAUGGGGAUCUAGAGGUAAUGUAUAUUUUAAUAUCAAGGGAAUGUUGAAAUAUAUGAUAUGGUACGAGUGCUGCAUCACAAAGUAUCAGUAGUUCUUGGAUGUCCCCGAAGGUUUAUUCACAAGUAUCCUGAGUUCAAUAAUGACAACAAGAGCUGCCAGUGUUCUUACUCGUGUGAUUAAGAACAACAAUCAGUGCAACUAUGCCAUCCUUUGGAGAUCCUGAACCUCUGAUGCAUCGAAUGGUGAAGUAUUUGGCUGUUGCCUCUUCUAUGAAAAACAGAAAUGGGAAGUUCCGACAAGGUCUACGGCUGCUAGUAUGGCUGAAUUAAGGCAGAAGCAAGGGAAGAAGCUCUGAAGGAGAGUGAGACUGAAGUGAAUGACUUGCAUGUGUGCCUCGUGCAAGAACAAAGCAAGGCUAUUGGAGUUCGGAGAGGAUGUUGAUAAACUUCUUGAAGGAAUCGGAGAUGACCACGGGCUGCCUAACGACGACGAAGAUGACGGAGAUGAAACCUGAUAUGCUGUAUGUGAUGCUCCUGUGCCUUAACAGAUUAUAUAUUAUCAAGUUUAUAACAAUUUAAUCUAUUAACUUUUAAUAAAUAAUAGUUUGAUUUUUUUUUUUCA